UACUGCAGCUGAGUUUCACCUGAGAACAAAAUAAGCAAGCUUGACCAGUACUGACACAUUGCCAGGCCUUAAAGGACAUACUUUUACUUUGGAUUAUUUCUUCACUUUCAGGGUUAUAAUGGAGCCUGUAUUCAUGAGUGAGAGGCUAAAGGUGGUUGUGCUGUUUCUGGUAACAUUUCAGCUGAAGACAGAUGUGACAGAAGCGAUGCAGGUGACAUCCUCGGGGCCACAGACCAUUCAGAAGGCCCAGGGCGAAACAGUCACUCUGGGAUGCACCUACAGCCCCGGCCUCCAAGACACUGGAGAACUGGACAUUGAAUGGUCCAACGUCAGCCCGGACAUGACACAGAAAGACAAACUGAUCUUAUCUUAUACAGGGGGCCAGACAAUCCACUACGGUGACCCCAGCCUCUCCAAAAGGCUUAACUUCAUAGCAGACCCCAAGCAGGGAGACGCUUCCAUCUCUCUCUCUGAUGUGAGGCUCUCAGACACAGCCACCUACCAGUGCAAAGUCAAGAAGGCGCCGGGUGUCGAUAUGCGAAAAGUCACGCUGGUGGUGAUGGUUCCCCCAUCAGUGCCAAAGUGUUGGGUUGAAGGCGGAGAGGAGAGAGGGGGCACAGUCUCACUCCGCUGCAAAUCCUCUCAGGGAUCCACUCCUCUCAGUUAUAUGUGGAGCAGAGAAAGCGGAGGUUCAAUGCCAUCCACUGCAACCCAAGACCCACAGACUGGGGAGCUUUUGAUCAGGAACCAUACAGAUAGCAAUGUUGGAAGUUACGCGUGUGUGGUAAAAAAUGCUGUCGGCAACGCACAGUGUAAAUAUGCACUGUAUGCAUAUAACCCUACCAAUAAAGUGGGUGUCAUAGUUGGGGCGGUGAUAGGUGCUCUGCUGCUUCUGCUCCUCCUCCUGCUCCUCAUCUGGCUCUUGAUCUGCUGCUGCCAUAAGCGCCGCUAUGAGAAGGAGGUUGCAAAUGAAAUAAGGGAGGAUGCCCAGGCCCCAGAGAGUCAACCCUCCAGCAGAAACACCAGCUUCCGCUCGGUGAUGGGCUACCGCACUCACCCCGGGGUGAACUACAGCUCAGUUAGGAACCAACUGCCUAGCAUCAGUGAAUCUGGCCGCAGAGUCAUCUACACAGGCGGGAGUAAUGGGACAACACAGCCAACCACUGCAGAGGAAAAACGUCCUCCACUCCAAUAUGACCAUCGAUAUGGAUACCCUGUGUAACUAUGACUCAUACUCCUGAUAGACUUUUUACUUCAAGCACAAAACUCUAAAGAAAAGACUUUUUACUUUCAGUAUAAAACAUCUUAUAAAGAAUACUCUCUACACAAUAUCUAUGUGACAAAUUGUGCAAUAUAGUGCAAUGUAAUAUUUUUAACUGGAGAAUAAUGGCUUGUUAAUAGCAGACUGCUGGUAUACAACUACUGAAGACUCAUAAAAUCUUACCUCAGCCCUUCAACAAACAUAAAAUGUACAGCUGGCUGAUUUUCAUGAUGCACUGUAACAUAGUGUUCAUCACUAUGUAUUGAAAAACAAUGGUUCUCAUAAUCCAAGUCAUCAGUGCACCAAUUCAACUAAUACUGUAUGUAAAUAGCAGAUGGCUUGUAUUUUUAUUUUUGGUGCUUUCUUUUCUAUGAUGCAUAAGUAGCUCAAUCAGUUUAUCACUUUUUUAAAACAUGUACAAUAAAAUGUUUUUUAACUGGGAAGUCAA